AUGGAGUUUGAGGGUAGUUGGGACAAACACUUAGCUUUGAUAGAAUUUGCUUACAAUAACAGUUACCAAUCGAAUAUUGGAAUGCCGCCCUAUGAAGCCUUAUACGGAAGAAAAUGCCGGACCCCUCUUUGUUGGAGUGAAGUUGGUCAAAGAAAGCUUGUUGGUCCUGAAAUUGUGCAACAAACAGAGGACAAGGUAAAAAUUAUCAAAGAUCGUCUAAAAAUUUCUUCGGAUAGACAAAAUUCGGUUGGACCAGUUGCAUAUAAAUUGGCUUUGCCACCUGAGUUAGACAAGAUCCACAUUGUCUUCCAUGUUUCUAUGCUUAGAAGUCAUCGUUCUGAUUCAUCUCAUGUUCUUCCAGUUGAAUCUAUUGAGGUUAAUCCUCACUUGACGUAUAAUGAAGAACCUAUUCUAAUUCAAACUCGAGAGGUGAAGCACCUUAGGAACAAGAGAAUCCCUUUAGUAAAGGUACUUUGGAGGAACCAUUGUGGAAAAGAAGCUACCUGGGAAAGAGAAGAAGACAUGAGAACCCAGUAUCCGCGCUUGUUUCGGGACUAG